UGUGUAAUCUGUACUAACUAGGGGCAAGAAUCAAUAUUCCCACUCUGCCAUGGGAAUCUCUGUGUUGUCCGGAUUAAAUUAAUUGCGAUUCAUGUUAAAGCGUGCCUUCGGUUCUAUGUUCCCCUUCCCAAAAAGACAAUAAAAAAGUGCAAAGCAAAAAAAGAAGACGACUGGAAGAAAAAUGAGUGACGAUGAGAAUGUACUUGAGAUGGAUUCGGGUCCUGAUUCGGACCCAGAAGCAGAAACCGAACUAGAAAUGACCGAAGAAUUGGUCUAUGCUCAGGAGUUUCUGCCAACCUAUCAGGUGAUAGAGGAGGGCGAGGCAGUCGCUCCUGUGGUAAAGGUGGAGUUCAACGGCCUGACCGAUUCCCUGUUUUUUAAUGACGGAAAGCGGAGGAUCGACUUCGUGCUGGUGUAUGAAGAUGAGGACAAGAAGGACUUUGAGAAACGACACACGUUUCAGCGGCGGAAAAGACGGAGGGAGUACUUCGAAGCCAGUCUGGUAAAGAUGGGGAUGGAGCUGGAAGCGGCAGCCUCAGUUGUGGACGAGAAGGUGCUGUUUGUGAAGGUGCACAUGCCAUGGGACGUGCUGUGUACCUACGCCGAGGUUCUGCACAUCAAGCUACCCAUCCAGCCCAACGACCUGACCUCCAAAUCCUCACCUUUCAACUGGUUCACCAAGCACUUCUACCCCAGCCAGGACCUGAUCAAGGAGGAAGUGGACUACUUCACCGCCCCCUUCGCUAAAGACCGCCUGGAGUACUUUUACAUCAAGGACCAGGACCAGUUCUUCACUCCAGCUAUGAGGAGCAGGAUGGCUUACUACAUCCUCAGCCGAGCCCCUUACGAGGUGAGGCGCCACGUGAAGAAAUUCGGCAUCAGCAAACUGCUGGACGGUGGAGUUUACAAGGCGGCCUACCCUCUGCAUGACUGCAGAUUCAAUGUGAAGUCUAUGGAUGAAGACUGUCCGAAUGAGAGAUACCUCCUUUAUAAGGAGUGGGCUCACCCCAAAAGCUUCUAUAAAAUGCAGCCGUUGGACCUGAUCAGGAAUUACUAUGGAGAGAAGAUUGGUAUUUACUUUGCCUGGCUGGGCUUCUACACUGGGAUGUUGGCGUUCGCUGCGGUGGUGGGGCUGGGCUGCUUCAUCUACGGAUACAAGACCCAGGACACCAGCACGUGGAGCAAAGAGGUGUGUGAUCCGCGCAUCGGAGGGAGCAUCGUGAUGUGUCCCCAGUGCGACCGCGAGUGCACCUACUGGCGCCUGAACAGCACCUGCGAAUCCUCCAAAAAACUCUGCAUAUUUGACAAUUUUGGAACGUUAGUAUUUGCAGUAUUCAUGUCAAUCUGGGUGACGUUGUUCCUGGAGUUCUGGAAGCGUUACCAGGCGGAGCUAGAGUACGAGUGGGACACGGUGGAGUUCCUGGAGCAGGAGGAGCAGCCCCGCCCGGAGUACGAGGCCAAGUGCGUCCACGAACGCAUCAACCCCAUCACCAAGGCAAAAGAGAUGGUCCCCUUCACAUCCUGUGGGAAGUGCAUCAGACUGUCUUUUGGGAUUGGAACGGUUUUAUUCUGGAUCCUGCUGAUCGUGGCGUCGGUGGUGGGCGUUAUCGUGUACCGCCUGGCGGUGUUCUUCGCCUUCUCGGCCAAGCUGCGGCAGGACCUGAAGGAGCUGGAGCCGUUCCGCGAGUACGUCACCCCGCAGAUGGCCACCUCCGUCACCGCCUCCAUCAUCAGCUUCGUCAUCAUCAUGUUCCUCAACUACGUCUACGAGAGGGUCGCCAUUUGGAUCACCGACUUCGAGUUACCGAGGACGAAGACGGAGUACGAAAACAGCCUGACCCUAAAGAUGUUUCUCUUCCAGUUUGUAAACUACUAUUCGUCGUGCUUCUACAUCGCGUUUUUCAAGGGCAAAGUGGUGGGUUUCCCCGGGCAACCAGUAUACUGGCUGGGCAAGUACAGGAAUGAGGAGUGUGACCCGGGUGGGUGUCUGAUUGAGCUCACCACUCAGCUGACCGUGAUCAUGGGAGGGAAAGCCAUCUGGAACAACAUCCAAGAAGUGCUGCUGCCGUGGAUGAAGAACAUGAUCUUCCGAUACUGCUCCAGCAGUGGCAGGUCUGAGAAGCCCAUCCCACGGUGGGAGCAGGACUACCAGCUACAGCCCGUGGGGAAACUAGGCCUGUUUUAUGAAUACCUGGAGAUGGUGAUCCAGUUUGGGUUUGUUACCCUGUUUGUGGCGUCCUUCCCUUUGGCCCCCCUCCUGGCCCUCAUCAACAACCUGUUUGAGAUCCGCGUCGACGCCUGGAAGACCACCACGCAGUUCCGCCGGGUGGUUCCAGAAAAGGCCCAGGACAUCGGCGCCUGGCAGCCAAUCUUGCAAGGCGUCGCCAUUCUCGCCGUGGUAACGAACGCUAUGAUAAUAGCUUUCACGUCGGACAUGAUCCCCCGCUUGGUGUACUACUGGUCCUUCUCUGUGAGUGACGGAGAGGGUAAUGGGAUGCACACCAUGGCGGGCUAUAUCAACAACACCCUCUCCAUCUUUGACAUCGAGGACUUUUCCGAAAAGAGCAGGCCUCUCAACAUGCCCUACUGGUUUCACAACGGUACCACCUGCAGGUACCGAGAUUUCAGACACCCACCAGGACAUCCAAAGCAGUACGAGUUCAGCGUGUACUACUGGCACGUGAUCGCCGCUAAGCUGGCCUUUAUUAUCGUCGUGGAGCACAUCGUGUACCUGACCAAGUUCGUCCUGGCCUACGUCAUCCCGGACGUUCCCGUGACGGUGAAGGAGCAGAUCAAGAGGGAGAAGUACCUGACCCAGGUGAUCCUCCACGAGGCAAGUCUCCACCUAGUGACCAAGCACAUGAAGCCCGUUGCCGAUAAGAUCCUCAAGCACGCCGCGGGCCAGGACGAGACCGAAACGGACCUGGACCUGGAUCUGGAUCUCCAUCUUUGAACCCGGGGGGCGCCCGGACUGCCGCCUGUAAGCCGCGAGGCGUCUGGAGUUCAACCCGAAAGAAUACGGAAAACGUGAAUGUUCGGACCGUUACGACGUGAGCCGGCGGUUUAAACCCGCCGUGCGAGCGACAGGUCCGGACGACAGUAUUACAAACAUUCGGUUUGUUUUUCGCAAAAAAAAAAAAUAAUCCGCCCACCUCUUACAUUUUGCAAACUGAGCGCAGGCUUAUAGAAUAGGAUGACGUAUACAUACCUCAGCUGAAACCGGCUUUGUUUUCACGGCCUCGCAGUCGCCCGCGGUAUAAACCUGUGAAGUUGCACAGACGUUGCCACACUUUGAGUUCUGUCACGGCACGUUAUUAUUUGUUUGGUCGUUCUGUGGUAUGUUAUUGCGCUGUGUUCUCUUCUUACAUCGAUAGGACCUUGCUCCUGGUCAAACAUAUUGUGGCCUCAGGUCCUUGAAGACAAAUAUAUGGGUUAUUUGUUCCAAGUGUUACUAACCCUUUCAAAAACUGCUUCAGAAGGCUUCUAUGAAAAGGAAGCUGAAGAAAGUUUCUAUGAGUGUGGCAUUACUACUUUAUUCCGCAGUAAACAGCCCAAUAAUCUUAACAAUCCCAGAUAGUUAUUUUCCCAAACGUUCCCAUUACUGGUGAGAUUUCCUUGCCGAUUAACAAGCAACCUCUUUCCCUCUCUCCCUUCCUCUCUCUCUUUCUCCCUUCUUCUCUUUCUCUCUUCCUUCUUCCGCCUCUCUCUCGACAGACUCUCACUCAAUUUAAUGCACUGAAUUUUGUGGCCUUGACAGCAGCAUUGAUAAAUGCUAUCAUGUUUUGAACAUUCUUACAAGAAGGAAUCAGGGAAAUUCUGAGUCAUAUUCGAUUUGAUCUUCUGACAUGUAGGCUUCAGAUCCUGUCUAAAUUUUUUGUAUUUUUGUAUCUUUGCUGUUUACAGUUGGAGGUCUUUUUCAAUUUAAGAAUUGUUACAUCAAAAAAGAAAAAAAAGCCUAGCUUUAAAGCGAGCCUUCUCCAAAUUGACCUGAAGCUAGGUUUAAUAAGAGCUUGCUAAGUUUAUUUCCAUACAUACCGUAAUGUGGUAAAACUUGUUAUGCCCAUUACAAAUGCAUCAUAAAGUAGCAAUGUCAUAUGCAUGAAGGUGCUAUGUACACUUUAUAUCACAGUCCUGCUUUAUUUGUUUAGCUUAUGUGUGCUUAAUUACAUCUUCUAAUUUCAUAAGCACUAUCCAAAUGGAUUUUUCAUGAAUAACAUUUAAGUUAGUAAAAAUCUAUUAUCAUGCUAUGUAAGUAAUGGGCCUUAUGCAGGAACAUUUUUGUAUUAUCUUAAAUGUAUCUUUAUUUCGUAUGAGUGUGCCAUGUUGGAUUCAACAAACGCACCUGACUUCAGACAACUGUCCUACAUUAAGAUGUCCGUUAUAAUACAGUAUACACGGUACUGUUGGUGGGUUCUGUCAGAUAGAUGGCCAAUGGGAUUAACAAGAACAAGGGACGACUGCUACCUGAUUGGGUCGACUGUAGGUCCUUUUUGUUUUUGGAAAAACAUAAUAAUAUGGCGGAACUUUUUUUUCUCCUAAACAAUCCACUGAAAUGCAUUUCUGAAAACAUUUUAUGUGAGAAAUGCCAUUCCUGAAUCUUUAUUCCGAUUUGAUCUGCAAAACCUAGUUCGAAAGUUUGAUCCAAGUUUGGUGUGCCAGAUGAGCUGCACCAACAUGCACUGCAGGCUUUUGUUUAUAGGUCGGGACCACUCGUAAAUAUUUGAAAUAAGAGAGAAAUUGGUGAAUCACUUGUUUUAAGAGAUUUAAGAAAACAUUUGUGCGUACCACUGGUUCUUGCAUGAGACCCAUUGUAUUGUAGGUAAGUUGAUAAAUUGAUGAUGAAACAGGAGUUGUGCUUGCAUAUUAAGUGGCUAAUUUUAACUAAAAACAUCCACCUUUGCUUUCUUGCUGGAGAACGACACAGCUGGCAUUGACACACUCCAGCCAGGGGUCGCUAAUGAGCAACUGACUGACAAGUCAUGAAUGAGCAAUGACAAGUUAUGAAUGAGCAAUGAGGCAGGGGUUAACCAGCCAGCCAAACUUUGGCCACACUGUUGUUGAUUAUGCCCCCGGCAAAGCCAGGAUUCAGUUGGAACUGCCCUCUACAAAAGCGCAGUGAUGCACUAGAGAGCCGUUGGGUCAGUGAGAGCAGUGGCUCCCAAUCCUCUCAUCCAGCCAAGCCAGUCCAGGUAUUCCAUGUGUUCCACCUCAAGCACAAUUGAUACAACCAAUCAAGGGCUUCAUUAGUUGUAUCGGGUGUCCUUGAUGUGGAACAAGAGGUUUGGGAAUUACAGAGCAAGAGUGUCCCAUGCGGGUGCUCAAAUCUGGUCCAAGUAUCCAAAUCCAGUGUCCCAGCUUAAUUAACUGAGCGAUUAGUGCUCCCGAUUGGCCUGAUCGUCUUCAUACCUGACUCUCAGGUAAAGGGAGGGUGGAAAUCCUGCAGUUCUCUGACCUUUCGGACCGUGGUUUGAGUGACGGGUCUCUUCCAGUUUGUAACCUCUGGCUGAUAUGCAGUAUGAACUGACUGUAUUGUGAAUGCACUCUUAUGCACAACUUUAGCCUUUGUUUUUGAUAACAUUAGAUUAUAAGGGAAGCAAAUGCAUUUUAAAUGAGACAUAGAGAGGUCCUGCAAAGUAAUGAAACUUAGUUUCUAAGGCUGUUCAUAAGCAUUUUAGCACAACCUUAUGAAGUGAAAUGGCAAAACAAAUGCAAAAAUAAGAGGAGUCAAAAAUAAAUAAAAUAUGGCUAGCUUUUUGUCAAGUGUAAUCUUUUUAUGAAACAUAAUGAACGUGACCAAGUAGCCAAUCCUGGCACAAACUGAUGUUGGCCAGUGGUGUGUGAGCUGAGAGCACCUGCCAGUUCUUGGUGUAAAAGCGAAUUAACUGGGACCAGCGGUGCUAGGAAUCACAUUAAAGAAAAUAAUUGGGAAAUUAAUAAACUUAAUUUCCCUUGAAUCAAUGGAAUGUUUUUAAAGUGAACUCUGAUGCGACUUGUUUUACGUGAACUAUUUGUAUAUGUGCCUUCCCUGCUGGGAAAAAAAAACAAAACUCAAGCUUGGGUUUGAAACUGGUGGCGGGUUGACCAGCUCAGACCAGCUCCCAGCUCAACAUGGUUAAGCUGGUUAACCAGCACAGCUCCCAGCUCAACAUGGUUUAGCUGGUUAACCAGCUCAGCUCCCAGCUCAACAUGGUUUAGCUGGUUAACCAGCUCAGCUCCCAGCUCAACAUGGUUUAGCUGGUUAACCAGCUCAGCUCCCAGCUUGACAUGGUUUGACCAGCUCAAACUAUGUUUUGAAAUGACUGGAAGCUGGUCACACUGUUGGAACUACCAGAUCAGACAAGCUACUAGCACCAGUUAGUUAACCAGGUCAGCUAGCCCAGCUUUAUGACCAGCUUGGCCAUGCUAAUUAAAAAUAAUUAAUAAUUUUUCAUGUGUGCUUUAUUUUAGAUUGACUAUAAUGACACUGUUUUACAAAGUGUUUCUAAUAGUCAUGCACUUAACUUUUCUGUGAGGUGCCGCUUGUAUUAACCGUUACAUUUUAACCCAUUUCCUUUCAUGCAGCACGACUGUAUGUAAAACAGUCAGUCAGUCAUGUAUGUAUUCGUACAGUGUUAAUUGUCUUCUUUUUUAUAAAUGUGUUUUUAUGUGUGUAUCCUGCUAAAAUAGUACUAAAUGUUAUACAUAUACUAGGCUGUGAUGUUCAUUUGUCAUACAAAAUAUUGCGUCUCUUGACUUAAUGUGGUAUAAAAAUACCCAGAAAUAAACUGAUGUGUUCUGUGA